AUGCACUCUGCUUCCAGUAUGCUGGGAGCCGUGAAAAUGGAAGGGCACGAACACUCGGACUGGAGCGGCUACUAUGCAGAACCCGAGAGCUAUUCCUCCGUGAGCAGCAUGAACCCGGGCCUGGGCAUGAACAGCUACAUGGGCAUGUCGGCCAUGAGCAGCGGCCCGGCCAACAUGAGCGGGGCCGGCUCCAUGAACAUGUCCUACGCCAGCACCGGGAUGAGCCCGUCCUUGGCCGGCAUGUCUCCCGGCCCGGGGGCCAUGGCCGGCAUGGGCAGCGGCAUGGGGGCCCACCUGAGCCCCAGCAUGAGCCCCAUGGGCGCCCAGGCCGGCUCCAUGAACGCCCUGGCCCCCUACACCAACAUGAACUCCAUGAGCCCCAUGUACGGGCAAGGCAACCUCAACCGCUCGCGGGACCCCAAGACCUACCGGCGGAGCUACACCCACGCCAAGCCCCCCUACUCCUACAUCUCGCUCAUCACCAUGGCCAUCCAACAGUCGCCCAACAAGAUGCUGACGCUGAGCGAGAUCUACCAGUGGAUCAUGGACCUGUUCCCCUUCUACCGGCAGAACCAGCAGCGCUGGCAGAACUCCAUCCGCCACUCGCUCUCCUUCAACGACUGCUUCCUCAAGGUGCCCCGCUCCCCGGACAAGCCGGGCAAGGGCUCCUUCUGGACGCUGCACCCAGACUCGGGCAACAUGUUCGAGAACGGCUGCUACCUGCGCCGCCAGAAGCGCUUCAAGUGCGAGAAGAGCAAGGAAGGGGGCGGCGGCGGAGGAGGCGGCGGAGGAGGGGGGAAGAAGCAGCCCCCCCCGCAGCAGCCCCCCCAACCCGGGGAAGGAGGCUCCUCCGACAGCUCGGCGGGUGGGCCCGAGUCCCCCCACCCCGGCGCCUCGCCCUGCCGCGAGCACAAGCGGGCCCUGGUCGAGCUCAAAGGGACCCCCCCGCAGCAGGCCCCUUCGCCGGCCCAGCACCUGCUCGCCCCCCACCACCUGGCCCACGAGGCCCACCUCAAGCCCGAGCACCACUACGCCUUCAACCACCCCUUCUCCAUCAACAACCUGAUGUCCUCCUCCGAGCAGCCGCCGCCCCCCCCCCACCACCACCCGCACCAUCACCCCCACCACCACAAAAUGGACCUCAAGGCCUACGAGCAGGUGAUGCACUACUCCGGCUACGGCUCCCCCAUGCCCGGCAGCCUGGCCAUGGGCCCCGUCACGAACAAAAGUGGCUUAGAAGCCUCCCCGCUGGCCGGAGACACCUCUUAUUACCAAGGUGUGUAUUCCCGGCCCAUCAUGAACUCGUCCUAA